AAGUCUGUAUGUGCGGGAGGCGGGCGGCCGCGGCUCGUCAGACACGGAGGUAGAGAAGGGGGGGGGGCGGCGGCCAAAGUGAAGAGGGUUCAGCAGCAGCUAGAGCAUGCUCUCCAUGCAACAGUUCCCUGCCCUGCCCGCGGAGGAGGAGCGCUACCGGCAGGUCCUCUCCGCCAACCGGGUCUUAGGAACAGAUGAGGAUAACAUGGGGGAUGGUUGUUCUCAGAAAUUGGCUUCUGCCAAGUUCCUUCGACUUUUGCUCCUAAUACUGAUUCCAUGCAUCUGUGCCCUUAUCCUUUUGUUGGUGAUCCUGCUUACAUUUGUAGGGGUGUUAGAAAAAACAUGCUUUUAUUCAAAUGGCAGUGAGGUCCUCACAGCUAACAGUGACAGUGAAACUUCUGAUAUUCUUUUGCCAAACAUGGUUGAAAACAGUUCUGAGAUUGAUCCCACAACGGAUCUCAGCACACGGCCUUCUUCCUGGACCACUAUGCCUUUAUCCCACAUUGACCAAAUGAACAAGAACUCAAAUAUAUUUAGAGAGACUUUCCAGGAAAAUUCACUUACUCUCACAACUCAGGCCACAGUGCUCAAUCCUCACCCUACAUAUGAUGCUGCUUUGGCAGAGGGCUCUGAGGAGAGCACCCAGCUGUUUGCCACUGCAGAGGAGGUGACGUCUUUGUGGUCUACAGAUGCAUCCUUUAACAACACAGAGAGGAUGACCACUCUACCAGUAUUAACUCCUACACGUCCAUCUGUGUCACAAGAAAUGGAUCAGAAAAAAAGUGCCUGCAUAAAUAUCACCAACAGCCAGUGCCAAAUGCUGCCAUAUAACUACACCACUAUAACUUCAGUUCUUUCCAUUGUCAAAAGUAUUGAAAUGGAAAAGUUCCUGAAGUUCUUCAGUUAUCUCAAUCGUCUCAGCUGCUAUCAACACAUCAUGCUGUUUGGCUGUAGUCUUGCUCUUCCUGAAUGCAUCAGUGACGGUGAUGACAGUCGAGGCCUCUUGCCCUGCAGGACAUUUUGUGAGGCAGCAAAAGAAGGCUGUGAACCAGUCUUGGGUAUGGUAAAUGCUUCUUGGCCAGAAUUCCUGAAGUGUUCUCAAUUCCAAAACAAAACUGAAAAUGACACCACUACAAGAGUAUGCUUCUCACCACACCAAGAAAAAGGAAAGCAGUCACUGUGCGGAGGAGAGGACAGUUUCUUGUGUGCCAGUGGGAUCUGCAUCCCAGGGAAACUGCAGUGUAAUGGCUACAAUGACUGUGAUGAUUGGAGUGAUGAGGUCCAUUGCAACUGCAGUGAUGAUACAUUUCGUUGCAACACGGGAAAAUGCCUAAAUUAUACCUUUGUUUGUGAUGGAUAUGAUGACUGUGGAGACCUUAGUGAUGAACAAAACUGUGAUUGUAAUCCAGUGACACAUCAUCAGUGUGGAGAUGGGAGAUGUAUAACAGCUGAUUGGGUAUGUGAUGGUGACCAUGACUGUAUAGACAAAUCAGAUGAGAUCAAUUGCUCAUGUCAUAGUCAGGGUCUGGUGGAAUGCAGAAAUGGGCAGUGCAUUCCUAGUGCAUUCCAGUGCGAUGGAGAUAAUGACUGUAAAGAUGGAAGUGAUGAAGAAAACUGCAGUGAAAGUCAAACCCUCUGUCAGGAGGGAGACCAGAGAUGUACUUCCUGUCCUGAUCCCUGUGGAACUUCUCUCUGUGAGAUGAGAAACAGCCAGACAAACUGCAGUCAGUGUGAACCAAUUACUCUGGAACUCUGUAUGAACUUGCCUUACAACUAUACUUAUUACCCAAACUACCUGGGCCACAGGACGCAGAAGGAAGCCUCUAUCAGCUGGGAGUCUUCUCUUUUCCCAGCCUUGGUUCAGACCAACUGCUACAAGUACCUUAUGUUCUUUGCCUGUACAAUCUUAGUACCAAAAUGUGACCCCCAUACAAAUCAGCGGAUCCCACCUUGCAGGACAUUAUGUGUACAGUCUAAGGAACGCUGUGAGUCUGUGCUUGGGAUUGUAGGUCUGCAGUGGCCAGAAGAUACUGACUGCACUCAGUUUCCAGAUGAGAAUUCAGACAACCAAACUUGUCUAACACCAGAUGAAGAUGUAGAAGAAUGCUCACCCAGUCACUUCAAGUGCCGUUCUGGGAGGUGUGUCCUGGCAUCCAGAAGAUGUGAUGGUCAAGCCGACUGUGAGGAUGAUAGUGAUGAGGACAGCUGCGGUUGUAGAGAAAGGGGUCUUUGGGAGUGUCCUUUGAAGAAGCUGUGCAUCAAACACGCUAUGAUCUGUGAUGGUUUCCCAGACUGCCCUGACAUGAUGGAUGAAAAGAAUUGCUCAUUUUGUGAAGAGAGUGAACUUGAAUGUGCCAACCAUGAAUGUGUGCCACGUGAGCUCUGGUGCGAUGGGCAAGCAGACUGCAGUGACAGCUCAGACGAAUGGGACUGUGUUACCUUGUCUAAAAACAUGAAUUCCUUGAUGUUCCUGACCAUUCACAGGUCAGCUGCUGAUAACCAUGUUUGUGCUGAUGAGUGGCAAGAAAAUUUAAGCCAACUGGCCUGCAAUCAGAUGGGUUUAGGAGGACCAUCCAAAACAGAAAUUGUAAUAGAGAAUGAGGAAAUGCAGCAUCAAAAAUGGCUCAAUCUGCACUCAGACUGGAAGAAUAAAAAUGCUUCCACUUUACACGCACUUCUAGUGAAUGGACAGAUGUGUCGAAGCAGAAGCAAAGUGGCUCUCUUUUGCACUAAAGAAGACUGUGGCCGUCGCCCAGCUGCUCGCAUGAACAAGAGGAUCCUUGGUGGUAGGACCAGUCGCCCAGGCCGAUGGCCGUGGCAAUGCUCCCUGCAGAGUGAGCCAAGCGGACACAUAUGUGGCUGUGUUCUGAUUGCAAAGAGAUGGGUCUUGACUGUAGCACACUGCUUUGAAGGGAGAGAAAACGCAGCUGUUUGGAAAGUAGUGUUUGGGAUUAGCAACCUUGAUCAUCCAUCAGGCUUCAUGCAGACCCGAUUAGUGAAGACCAUUAUCCUCCAUCCACGCUACAACAGAGCUGUCGUAGACUAUGAUAUCAGCAUUGUGGAACUAGAUGGGGAUAUCAACGAGACAAGCUAUGUAAGACCUGUCUGUCUGCCCAGCAAGGACCAGUUGGUUCGGCCAGACACCUACUGCUACAUCACGGGCUGGGGACACAUGGGCAACAAAAUGCCUUUCAAGCUUCAGGAAGGAGAGGUUCGCAUCAUUUCCUUAGAACAAUGCCAGUCAUACUUUGACAUGAAAACCAUCACCAGCAGGAUGCUGUGUGCUGGCUACGAGUCUGGCACUGUGGACUCUUGCAUGGGUGACAGCGGAGGACCACUUGUGUGUGAGCAACCUGCAGGGCGCUGGACUUUGUUUGGUUUGACAUCUUGGGGCUCUGUCUGCUUUUCCAAGGUUUUGGGACCUGGAGUUUACAGUAAUGUGUCACAUUUUAUCGAGUGGAUUGAAAGACAAAUAUACAUCCACACCUUUCUGCUAAACUAACUCCAGAUGGUAAGAGUUGUGCUGACAGACAUAAGAAAAAAGGAAUCAGCACGUCAACACUGAAGAUUUUGCAGUCCAGAAACUCUAUGAAAGGGAGUUUCAAGCUCUAUCUAUUCUUGUUGUGGAGCUAGGGAAUAUGCAGUGUAUGUUAAUGGUAAACCUCCGCUGGUGAAUAUACUUUGGGAUAGAAUUAAUAAUCCUUUUGACUUUUCUUUUAACUGUGUUGUGGUGCUUUUCCAAACACAGCAGAAGGCUUAAAAGAAAAGAAUCAGCCACUUUCUGCCUUUCAGCUAUUCAAACUAAGCAGUAGCACAGACUAGAAAAACCUUUUUAGAUAACCUAUUUUAAUACUAUUCAACUAGUAGCACAUACAUUUUCACUAACUUGUUGUCAUGAGGAGUGAACUCAGUGCAUUCAGAUGGUACCGACAGGACAUAUAGUCACAAGGGGAACCCCAGGCAUGGCUGCAGCUCAGGCCGUGGGAGAGAUCCAUGAGUUUCUACGUCCAUGGGGCACAGGACACAUCAAAGUACGCAUGCAGGUCUCCAAAGGUGCGUAGCCAUGCUGCUGGUGUGCCCGAGCUAGCGCCUUCUGUCCCUCAGGGCGGGUAACUCACAUGGCCAUAACCAGGUACCAUCCUGACUCCGCCAUCUCUGCGGUGCGACAGCAGGACCAGCAGGCCCACAGACCCCUAACCACCACCUGAGGCACCCGAGGCCAAAACUGAGGUGCUCAGGCUCUUUGAAUGGUUUCUGCCACUUAAUUUUCUGAAGCUUCCCAUGUCUUAACGUCUCUGGGAAACACCCAUGCCUUGACUGCACUACAUUUAUCAAAAACUACGCCCUGCUGGCUUUUUUCCCUGUUUUGUAUAGCGUGUUCAGCCUAUAAAGCGUGCAGUGAACAUCUCCAGCCCUCCAAAAACACAACAGGGUUGGCAAUGCCACUGCAAUGAUUUCUCCCCCUAGAACUGGCUAGUUUGAAUAUCUGAUGAGAUAUGGAAAAAAAAAAUGCAGAUUUAAAGUGCAAAAGAUGCAGUGUGAGCAGUAUCCUCAAUAUUGGGAACCUGGGUAUUUUUGGAUAGGUGUCUUCUAGUGUCUUGCAUUGAAAGUUUCAUUUUGCUUAGCAAGAUUAAACAAUUCGGAAAAAGGCAGAAAGAGAUCUGAAUAAUAGAAGACUGGGAUUCCAGCUUCUGUUCAAAUGAAUAUUAGAAAUACGUUAAGCAAAGUCCAGCAGCUUCAUCCCCAAAGGCUCCAAGAGCUGUGCUCAAGUGCUUGGUGGUAGAUGGCAGAGUGGUCUGUGCAGUAGGUAAGAAGAGGCUAAGCCUUGACUCCAGGAAUGUCUGGUUAAAAAAAAUUAUACUGGAGCUUGGCCUCUCGAUGGCGCUAGCAGGGAGGUGUGUCUUACCAACUGCUGUAGGGAUGUCCUGCGCAGCUCACAGCUUUUGGGAAGCCAGAGUAGGAGUCAGGAACCUGAGAUUACAGGAUGAAUUUCACUGGGGAGCAAUGUGUUUACAACUUGCCUGUUAUCAGUGCUGUGCCUGCCCCCCAUGAAUCCAGCCUAAGGCAUAUAAUUACCUUCUCUGCUACCUCUGGCAUGCCCCCAUGACAACAUGGCAGGGCCUCGUCAAUACCAUGACUGCCGUACGUGGAAACAUGCAUUAAAAGAGCUAACUAAUGGAUGUUUCAGGUACUAUUACUCAUCUUACAAUUAAUCUACAUAGAUCUGAUUAUUGCUUUAGUGAGGUUUUACCUCUUAUUUCUGUAUCUUCUCCUUUAACAUGCCUAACAUUAGACAUAAUAGACAGUGCUCUAGACAGCGUUAUUAAUAAAUAUUCAAUAUUUGUUAUGGAUUCUGGAACCCUAUUUAAGUGACUAUUGUACCACUGUUUCAUGCUCAGAAAGAAAACCCUUCUACCCUUUGCUAGAUUUGUUUUUUUUUUUUUUUUAUAUAUUAAGGAUUUUGUUUUUACUAUAACAUAUAAAUGCUCUUCUCCCCCCCCCCCGCUAUAAAUAAGAGAAAGCAGCUGUGACCAUCUUUUCCCAGUGCAAGUAGCUCACAGAUGAAGCAGGUUACUGAUGCCCUUGCCUCAAGGAUCUGGAAGCUGGAGCCCUCAGUCCCCCCCGGAUCAGCCUUUCUCUGGGGCCAGGAUCUCUGCAGCUGUAGGGCAGCGCAGUUCCAAGUCCCAGAGCCGGUUACCUGACUGGGAGUUACCGGAGCAGGCAGCCCAGGGGCUGUCAGAGGCAGCCCACCCCGCUGCCCAGCUGACAGGCCUGGUGACGUGCAGGCUUCAGUGAGGUCUGUUUUCUAGAAGUAAAAACAAAGAGGUGCUGCUGUGAAAUGAACAGCCCAGCUCGAUAUUUUUCCACCAGAUGAAGUGGUUAGCAGCUUUGAAAUUUGUAAAGCACUGGAGUAUAUAUAAUCCUUUCAUGUAGAUAUUAGCGCUACCAAAUGAUAAUAUGUAAUCACACAUUUUAAUUAACGGAGUUUGGCCUGCCACCAGUUUCCAAGCAGUCCCUCCCAGGCAAGGAGGGAGAGCCCUGCCUGAAGGUACGGUCCAGCUCCCUCCUGUAUGAGCUCCAGCUGGAGAACCUGCAGGCUGAGCGCCACUCCUCAUGGCUUUUGGAGGGAGCAGUUGGGUCUUUCCCUUCCCCACAACUGUGUCUGACACAACAUUCCAUGUAAAGAGGAAAUUUGUAAUUUUAUACACGUAUUUUUAUACUGCUUUUUUUAUGUGUGCACAUGAAUAGGCAAACAUACUCCUCCUACUACUGUAUCAAGCCUUUCCCUGUGUGCUGAUGUAAUGGCUCUGAUCAGUUAUGCUGUUUCUCCUACAAGCGUAGCCGCACUGUAAGGUAACAAGUGUUGGUUAUACUUCUACCACAGCUGUAGCUCCAAAUGGAAGCAAUGUCACACAGUCAGAUAUGUUUCUUUCUAGCUGUACUAAUAAAAAUUUACAAUCAUUUUCCAAGUAACUUCUCUGUUGAAAAUGUGUUUUAAUCUUUAGAGGGAGAGACUCAACGACAAUAUGGAGCUGUGAAGUUGUAACUUUAGCAAUAAUGCUUAAAAAUAGCCAUAACAAGCUAUUUACAUACCCUGACCUAGCUUUUUUAAUCAGCCCUGACAGCCCUGUGAGCACUACAACAUUUGUGGAGGUUCUGGCACUACCAUCACUGCACAACUUGUAGUUUCUCCUGCAUGUAUGCUUCCAAUCAAAUUUCUUCAAACACUUUUUGUUCUAUGGCUUUCCUGAGGAAUACAAUUAGUUUGAAAUAAUCAUCUCCUUUUAACUGGUACGCAGCAUUUCAACAACAUGUACACAUGCUGAAAUCAAAAUAAUACACAUGCAAAAACUUAAAAUAGUUAAAAUUUGCCUGUUCAUGGCAGUCAACAGUAAGGUAUCCAGAACCAGCAGGGCAAGAGUAACAUACCCAGAGUAAACCAGGAACAAACAUUACAACACCCAUACUGAAUUGAGCUAUGGGACCCUUCUUAGCACAGUCAUCUUCCCAACUUGUCCAUUAGCCUUGGCGGACAGCAAGGGCUAGUGGGACCGGCAGGCGCUCUGCCUUUGCUGGUCCUCAGCCUUGCGCUGCAGCCAGCGGGGCGGGGAGGAACCCCAGCCUGGCCCCAGGGACAGGCCAAAGCUCACCAUGCUGCGAAAACACUUGGUAAGGGCUGUGGCUGACUGCCACCCGCAAAUGCUUAGCACAGGUGUGGCCACUGUGAAUAAUUUAAAAAACUGUAUUUUUUCUGUAAAUCAAAUACCGCACAUCAAAAAAGUGAGUUAAAGCUGCUGUAGGUGUAGUUACAAAGUUUGGGGAAGUCGAAGGUGGUUGUUUUGGUUUGUUUUAAACUGACAACCAGCAGUGUAAAUGCUGUGCUUGCCUUCCUGACAUCUGGAAGGCACCUGUGAGAUGAUCUUGAAGAGCUUGUUUUCAAAAUGGAAAAGUCAGGUCACGCUGUGCCUAAGUGCAGGAGUGCAGAAGCAAACGGGAUCCUGACGUCUCCAGUGCUAAAAAAAAAUAAAUAAAGGAAGCAUUCAACUGUUGAGAAGCAAAGGGAGAGUGAUUUGCUUGCACCCUUCAUUUGGCACCACUUUAGAUAUGGUCAAUCAACAUUUUGAAGCUUUUAUUAGAGAGUCACUACCCUCAUCUCUCCUUUAAUAAAAAAUAGCAAGUGAUCACAGCAGACAGCCCUUAGAUAUUUCUGCUGUUUGUCCACCAAAAAAAAAAAAAAAAAAGGGAAAAGAUGGGUUUUUACACAACAGACUGCUUCUCACAGUCCUCUAAAAGAACACAACCAAUAGUGGACAAUUUAAAGCAACAUGCACCAUCAGUGAAACAACACACCAAGAAUAAAAUAAAAGUGUGUGUGCGUGUGUUAUUUCGUACCACUUCAAGUGGUACAAAAGUACUUACAAUCUCAGCACAGAGGAACUUUUAAAAGGACUUACAGGUUCAAGGCCACCCACAGGGUCUGGCGCUUUUGAGACCCAGAUGAACUCAUCCUUCAUCCAUCCUGAAAGCCUCAUUGCACUAAGCAGUGAGGUGAUGAGCCUUGCUAAAAGCCGCCUAACAGCAAUUUCACUGUCCUUGAGGC